AUGGCAUUUAGACAAGAAAUUAAUAAAAGUCAAGUAGAAGAUAGUGAAGUAUCUGAACAAGCUAUAGAUUGGAGUAAUCAGGAUAAAAGCAUACUUUUAGAAGCUCUUAAAAAAUAUGGGUCUGAAAAUAUUGCAGCUAUAUCAAACAUGUUACCACAUCUAUCUCCUGAAGAUAUUAAAUUAAAAAUAUUUGAAUAUUCAAAGAUGGCAAAAAGCUUAUACGAAAAUGAAUUGUUAAACAAAUGGUCAAGUUGUGGUUUAUAUAAACUUGGAGAUAGUAUUCUACCAGAAGUACUAUUAUUUAUACACUUGUUUGAAGAUCAUCCACCACCUUAUGAAGCAGAUGGUCAUGAUUUCAGAGCAAUCUAUGAAUUCCUUUAUCGCUCAUGUUUUGAGCAAACAUCAUAUUUUGACCUUCCAAAAAAAGACAUGAAUCUACUUUGUUCGACUUUGAUAAAAAUAGAAAAUAAAGUAUGGCCAUACUGCCAAAAAGAUAUUUGGGAAUAUCUAGGAAAAGUUUACAAGAGAAGGAAUAUUAAGAAAGUAUACCCUGGAAAGAAUACACAAUCCUUAUAG